AUGUCUGCUUGGAGAGAAACCAGAGAAAGGAUUAGCAGAACAUCAAUCCCGGGAAGUCAUCGCUUUGAAGUAUUGACGGCCAAAGGGCUUCGGAACUGGUUCUGAACAGGAAACAAACGUCUGCUUGGCUAACUUGUUAUUUUACCCAGUUGAAGCUCUAGGUAUGAAUUGAGGAUGAAUGUGAACCAGCAGCCUCCCAUGGCAUCUCCGUACGGCCAGCCCCAGCCUGGCUACAGCCAGCCUAGCUACGCUCCCUUGGGAGGCGGUUACCCCGGCCCCUAUGGACCCUACAGCGGCCCCGCUACAGCCUACCAGCCUGGGGCUCCACAAGGAUCUGCCAGGGGCCCCCCUCCAGUCUCCACCAACCAGGCCUACUCCCAGUAUGCCCAGGGAGACAUUCAGAAUGGGCCCCCACCUAUGGAUCACUCUAUGGCUCAGCCAGCUCAGAGGCCGCCAGUGUGUCAGCCAUAUAGCCACGGUGCUAUGAACUUGUCGGGGCCACACCCUUCUUACCCCCAGCAGUACGGGGUGCAGCCCUCCAUGCAACAGAUGACCAAUCAGAUGUCAGGGAUGCAGGUCGGGUCAGGCCCCCUCACCUCUGCUGGGCCGGGAUAUGCUCCACCUCCCAGCUCCGAGCCUCCAAUCAGUGCUGCCUACUCCGCUGCAGCCCCUCCCUCCUAUACACAAGCUCCUCACCCAGUGUCUGGUGCCCCCUCCCAGCCUCCCCCUCCCAGUGAGCCUGCAGCCCCCCAACCUUACUAUGAUGGCCCUCCUCCCUCUCAACAACCACCUUUCCCCUCCUCCGCCCCCCCUCCCUCCCAACCCUUCCCCUCCUCCUCUCCAUACUCGGGCCCUCCCCUUCCAGCCAACCCCGGGCCCCUGCAGUCUCUCGACAACAGUCCUUCCCACCUGGCCCCCUCCCCUGCGCAGCAAACCUUUCCCAACUCUGCUCCUCCUCCAGUCUCCCAGGCCUUGUACUCUGGCCCCCUCCCUCCUCCCGACCUGGCCCUUUCCCACCUACCUUGCAUCCCCUGCCCAGUACCCUGCCGCCCAGCCCCCAGGCCAACCCCCCUUCCCCCUGGCCCCAUGCAGCAGCCUCCUCAGCCUGGCAUGCAUGGAGGAUACCCAACCCAGCAGAAUGGUGCGUUUGGGCAGCCCAGAGGCCCCCAGCCCGGCUAUGCAGGCCCGCAGUAUCCUGGGCAACAGAACUACGGCGCAGUCCCUGCCCCCACACCUGCCCCCACACAGAAGAGACUGGACCCUGACUCCAUCCCCAGCCCAAUCCAGGUGAUUGAGGACGACCGGGCCAACAAGAGCAGUGAGCCGUUCACCACGGGGGUCAAAGGUCAGACUCCGCCCCUUGUCACCACCAACUUCCAGGUGAAAGACCAGGGCAACGCCAGCCCGCGGUUCGUCCGCUGUACAGCCUACAACAUACCCUGCACGGCCGACAUGGCCAAACAGUCCCAGGUCCCCCUGGCAGCCGUAAUCAAACCUCUAGCCAUGUUGCCCCCCGACGAGACCCGUCCGUACAUGGUGGACCAUGGGGAGGCCGGUCCUAUCCGCUGUAACCGAUGCAAGGCCUACAUGUGUCCCUACAUGCAGUUCAUCGAGGGCGGACGCCGCUUCCAGUGUGGCUUCUGCAGCUGUGUCACAGACGUGCCUCCCCACUACUUCCAGCAUCUGGACCACACAGGGAAGAGGGUGGACUGCUGCGACCGGCCAGAGCUCUCUCUGGGCAGCUACGAGUUUGUGGCCACCGUCGACUACUGUAAGAACAAUAAGCUCCCCCAGCCCCCGUCGUUCAUCUUCUUCAUCGAUGUGUCUUACAACGCCGUGAAGAGUGGCAUGGUUAACAUCGUCUGUCAGGAGCUCAAGACUCUACUGGACUACCUGCCCAGGGAGAAUCCAGAGGCAGACUCGGUGGUGCGUGUGGGUUUUGUAACCUACAACAAGGUGUUGCACUUCUACAACGUCAAGUCCAGCCUGGCCCAGCCCCAGAUGAUGGUGGUCAGUGACGUCAGUGACAUGUUCCUCCCACUGCUCGACGGCUUCCUGGUCAACGUCAACGACAGCCGGAUGGUCAUCGAGAGUUUGCUAGACCAGAUUCCGGAGAUGUUUGCAGACACCAGGGAGACUGAGACGGUGUUUGGACCAGUCAUCCAGGCAGGACUGGAGGCACUGAAGGCUGCAGACUGUGCCGGGAAGCUGUUUUUGUUCCACUCCAGUCUACCCAUCGCUGAGGCUCCUGGGAAACUGAAGAACAGAGAGGACAAGAAACUGGUGGGAACAGACAAGGAGAAGUCUCUGUUCCAGCCCCAGUCUGGUUUCUAUAGUAACCUGUCUAAGGAGUGUGUAGCACAGGGCUGCUGUGUGGACCUCUUCCUGUUCCCCAACCAGUACGUCGACGUGGCAACGCUUGGCGUGGUGCCCGUCUCCACUGGCGGCUCAGUCUACAAAUACACCUACUUCCAGGCUGAGAUGGACCGCGAGCGGUUCCUGAAUGAUCUGCGACGAGACGUCCAGAAGCCGAUGGGCUUUGACGCUGUCAUGAGGGUCCGAACGAGCACAGGUAUCAGAGCGACAGAUUUCUUUGGCUCGUUCUUCAUGAGCAACACGACAGACGUGGAGCUGGCGGGACUGGACUGUGACAAGACUGUCACCGUGGAAUUCCGCCAUGACGACAAGCUCAGCGAGGACACCGGGGCGCUCAUGCAGUGCGCGGUGUUGUACACCAGCUGUAGUGGUCAGCGGCGUCUGAGGGUCCACAACAUGGCGGUCAACUGCUGCUCCCAGCUCGCCGACCUCUACCGGAACUGUGAGACGGACACAAUCAUCAACUUCUUCUCCAAGUAUGCGUACCGCAGCCUAUUGAACACCCCGACCAAGACGGUGAGAGACACCUUGGUGAACCAGUGUGCCCAGAUUCUGGCCUGCUACCGCAAGAACUGUGCCAGCCCCUCGUCUGCCGGACAGCUGAUCCUACCAGAGUGUAUGAAGCUGCUGCCGGUCUAUUUGAACUGUGUGUUGAAGAGCGACGUGCUGCAACCGGGAGCUGACGUCUCAGUAGACGACAGAGCCUACCUGAGACAGCUACUCAGCUGUAUGGACGUAUCAGAGAGCCACGUCUUCUUCUAUCCCCGCCUACUUCCCCUGGUGAAGUUGGAUGGAGGGUCGUUGCCAAUGGCAGUGCGUAACUCGGAGGAGCGCCUGUCAAAGGGUGGAGUCUACCUCCUGGAGACGGGGCUCUACCUCUUCCUGUGGGUGGGAGCCAAUGCCCAGCAGGAGCUGCUCAGCAACAUCUUUGGCACGCCCACCUUCAGCCAGAUAGACCCCAACAUGACGAGUCUGCCUGAGCUGGACAACCCGUUCUCCCAGAGACUCAGAGAGAUCAUCGACUCCUUCAGAUCACAACGAUCACGAUACAUGAAGUUGAUGGUGGUGAAGCAGGAGGACAAGGCGGAGCUCAUCUUUAAACACUUCCUGUGCGAGGACAAAAGCGCCAGCGGAGGAGCUUCCUACGUUGACUUCCUGUGUCACAUGCACAAGGAAAUCCGCCAGCUGCUCAGCUAGGACCCUUGACCUCUGAUUGUUCAACCCUGACCCUGUCGCCCCUCCGAAGCGCUUUCUUUUAUUUACCUAAUAAACUGAACCCCUCUCCCUCUGUCAGCGAGAGGCCAGAGACAUAAACACAGCCUCGUGGCAGAUUCCAUGUGUCAUCAUAUGACUCUAAACUAUUCCAAACGUCAAGCUCUAAAACAACUGAAGCUAAUCCACUGGCCAACGGAGGAGGUAGAGUGUGUGCGUGUGUGUGAGGGAGAGCACUGCUGUGGAUUUGUACUAGGUGUUCUGUCUAGCACUGAAGCCCGUUGUAGCUGUACCCCCCCCCACCCGGCCUGUGGUAGAAACACCCAGUAGAACUAAGGAAGAUGGCACAAACUAGACAGAAAUAAAUGCUGUUUUCCAUCUCUAGAAUAAUUUUUCUAUUUGUCUUUAUUCUCACUUCCUCCUGUAUGUUGUGUGUGUGCUUGUCUGUGACUUUUAGAAACACUACUAAGGCAAUAGGAGAGAGGGGGCAGGAGUAUAUAGAGAGAAUCUGUGGUGAUAGAGGUUCAUCUCCCAAUUUAAAUGUCUAUGCAUUGAAUCAUCCAGACUGGUGAGGGUUUUGAACUUUCACCUCUGACAUUCUCACAGGGUCAACCAGCGUUGGGUCCCACUAUGACUCACACAGGCACACAGUACAGACGAUUUGGUGGAGGUGUGUGUGUGUCAUGUUUUUACUAAUGUGUGCAUCUGAGACCAUUCUGACAAUGAGACCAUUCUGACAAUGAUUCCUGCCUGUAUUUGUCCUGUCUGUGGGGGAAGGAGUUACUGGCAGUGCUUCUCAAUAUUGAGGUCAGUCAGAGAAUAACGGAGUCAUGUUCAGGAGGUACGAAGCUGGAGAAACUAUUUGAAACAAGGAAGUAUGUUUUUUUUCUUCUCUCUUUUUCGUAGCAGAACGUUUUGCUAUGUUGUCCCUUGCUGAACACGACCCUAUGCUCCAAAUACAGCUGUGUCUCUGAGUUGUCACCCUAAGGACUGUCUGCUGUAGCACCUCAGUUCAGAGUUGGAUAUAUAACCUGUACAGAAUUAAAGCCUCCAUUUUAAAAACCUGUCUCAAAUGCUGUGGUUUGUUGGUCCAAAUCAGUUGCUGCCACUCUCUCACACACACGCUUGGUUCAAAAGCACUCCUGUUUUUUUUUUACGUCUAUCGCAGGAGGUGGGGGUGUGAGAGAAGGUGGAUGUGUGUUUCUGAAGGCAGAUCAUGGUGAAUUUCUAGACAGAGGAAAAGAGGGGUCCGCUGAUAGGUGCACACUGAAUAAUUUUCAUUUCUGAUUGUGUUUAUUUUCUUGUCUUUACCACUGAUUUUGUGUUUGUUGCCCUCUACCCUCAACCCGUCUCUAUUGAAUGGCCCUUCUUCCUGACUGGGAUUUUAAGAUUCCCUUUUCUUUGGUUUUGUAUUUGUCAUUGCCUCCUGGACUCCUUAAUAAAGUUAUUGUUGAAUCACAA